AUGGCAGGCAUAGUGAAUGCUCAGGUCAAUUGUUGGCCAUUACUGAUGAUUGGUGGAUCUUCGGAUACAUAUCAAGAAGGGAUGGGUGCAUUUCAAGAAUUAGAUCAAGUGACUCUUUGUAAGCCAUAUGCAAAAUACUCUUCGAGGCCUUCUUCCAUUUCCCAAAUUCCGAAUGUAAUAUAUAAAGCGAUUAAAACUUCCAUAAGUGGUCGACCAGGACCUGUCUAUGUGGAUCUCCCAGCAAACUUUAUUCAAGGGUCUUUAUCUCAAGAAUCAUUUAGUCUUUCAAAACUUAUGCCGGACUCUCCUAAAUCUCUAGCCGAUCCUCUGAGUGUGGAAAAGGCAAUCACACUAAUCCAAAACGCCAAAAGUCCAUUGAUAAUUAUUGGGAAAGGCGCGUCGUAUGCACGAGCCGAGAAAGAGAUUAAUCAACUUGUCGAAAAGACUGGCAUUCCUUUUCUUCCAACUCCAAUGGGUAAAGGAGUGAUUUCAGAUACUCAUCCAUUAUGUGUUGCAGCAGCACGGUCAAAGGCGAUAGCUGAUGCAGAUGUUGUACUGCUUUUGGGUGCGAGACUUAACUGGAUGCUGCAUUUUGGGCUUCCACCAAAAUUCAAUGAUAGCGUAAAGUUUAUCCAAGUUGACAUAUUUCCCGAGGAACAUUUUAAUAAUUCCCGAAUACACGUGGCCUUGUUGGGUCAUUUGCCUCUCGUUGUUUCGCAGCUGCUUUCUAUUUUUCCAUUAUCUUUCAAGUAUCCUUCGACCUCAAACUACCUUCAAUCCUUAAAGCAACAAAUAACUAAAAAUGUAAAUUCUAAUAAUAAAAAAUUUGAAGAUACCACCAUCCCUAUGAGUUAUCAUCGAGCUUUUUGGGAAAUUAAAAAGAGGUUACCCUCAAAAGAUGUGGUAUUUGUUAGUGAAGGAGCAAAUACAAUGGAUAUUGCAAGAUCAAUUUUUGACGUACACGAACCUCGAUGCCGGUUGGAUGCAGGCACUUUAGCAACUAUGGGAGUUGGAAUGGGGUUCGCUAUUGCCGCUAGAGUAUAUUAUCCGAACAAACGUGUCGUGGGCAUUGUAGGGGAUUCUGCGUUUGGAUUUAGCGCUAUGGAAAUCGAAACGGCAGUACGAGCAAAUUUGCCACUUAUUAUUAUUAUAAUCAAUAAUAACGGCAUAUAUCAUGGCCUUGACACACAAGCAUAUAAUAUAACACCGGUAAAUAAUUUGCCAUCGACCGCAUUAUUGCCAGAUAUUAGAUACGAUUUAAUUGCUGAUGCUACUGGGGGUAAAGGGUACUUUGUGAGAACACCUAAAGAAUUGGGUGAUGCUCUUGAUGAUGCAUUGAAGGAAGAAAACAAAU